UUGAUUUUGAAGAAUUUUUAAUUACAAAAUUUUUCCCCAUCGCGAUUAUAAAAUUUUGAAAAAAAGAAUAUGUUCAAAUCAAUUCGAUUGUUGUCAUUUGAUAUAACCAAAACAUUAAUUACAACAAGUAAUGAAAUUGGUGCAGAAUUUAUGAAAAUUGCUUCGAAAUAUGGUUUAUCACCCAAAUGUGAUGAUACUGUUUCUCGAUUAAAUGAAUCAUUUAAUAAAAAUUUUAAACAUCUUAAUAAACAAUUACCGAAUUUCGGAUUGAAAGCUAAUAUGACAUCCGAAGAAUGGUGGACACGUUUGAUUCAAUUAUCAUUCGCUGAUAUUGGUUACAAUGAAACAAGUGAUCAACAAAAAUUACAACAAGCAUCACAACAAUUGUAUAAAUAUUUUUCACGUGGAAAUUUAUGGCAUUUAAAUCCAGAUGCACGUGAAUUAUUAUCCGAGCUUCGAAAACAAAAACCCGAAAUAACAUUAGCUGUUGCAUCAAAUUUUGAUGAACGUUUAGAAACAAUACUUCGUGAUCUUGAUAUAAGACAUUUUUUUAAUUUUAUGUUCGUAUCAAGACAAUGUGGUUUAGCAAAACCUGAUCAAGAAUUUUUUCGUCAUAUACUCAAAACAGUUGAAGUUCGACCAAAUGAAUAUCUACAUAUUGGUGAUGAUGUUGAAAAUGAUUAUUUUCCAGUGAAAAAAAUUCAAGGAAAUGCAUUGAUAAUGGAUCCAACAAUGGAAACAUCAGAAAUUAAUGGCGUUGAUCCAAAUGAUGUUGUGCCUAAUUUAAAAUAUUUUCAAAAAUUAAUAUUGAAUUCAGAAAAUGAUGAUGCGGUGAAAAAAUGAUGAUUUGUCAAUUUUAUAAAACCGACUAUAUUUGUUUGUAUGAUUUUCUU